AUGAACGGGCAUGGAAUGACCAUGCCCGGUGCUGUGCCGCAGUAUUUUUGCUAUCACGGUCAGGUGCGUUUCUUUUAUCUUUGUAAUCGUUGUUGCAGAGUUUUGAGCAAGCGCUCCGGGCAUGUGCACCUUCGUUGUUCGGUCAAAAUACGCUUAUGGGCCGGAAUACGUUCUGCAGAGGUAUCAACGUUCGUGUUUGGCGGUGUUCCCCGUUUUGAUGGAUUGCGUUCUUUGUACCGCUCAUCGUACGUGUACAGGCAAGGAAAUGGCACUGUGCGCGUUGAUCAAGCAUACCUUCACCAAAACAUCGUGUGGCCAAUGCUGCCAUCCCAGCUAUGA